UGCUGCUUCAUUUGCCCUGUCCUUUUUAUGAUGAGAUAUUUUUUACAUAAAUACUCUUUGAAUGGAUUUAAACAAAGCUGUUUUUUUAAGCAGAAUCUGACAGUAAAAUGUGCUUGAUGAGAGGAAGAUAAAGCAUUCAUCUUCAAGAGAAAUCAUCUAAUGAUUGUAAACUUCUGUUCUCACUGUAUCACUUCAUCCCUGAAAAACGGGCCCAUAUUUUACUCUAAUGCCAAAAAUCACGCAAUGGCCUGAUCUUGUUCUUGAUGGAUUUCAUGAGAUUCAUCUUCACAGAAGCUAAAAUAAGGCACUUUACAUUGGUGAUGUCCGUCAGAAUGGCUCCUCCUCUUCCUCUGAUCUUUCUGCUCAUGAUUCACAAUGUUUUCAGUGAAAAUGGUUUGGGUGUGAGUUACAGUCAUUCACACAUCUGUGCACUAAAGAACUCAUCAGUGAUAAUGAACUGCAAUUAUACAUACCCUACUGGACAUCAGAUCAUGAAAUUGUUCUGGACCAAAAACCCUGUACAGGGUGUAGAGCCUCCAGAUCUGUCUGAGGACCCUGAAUACAGUCAGAGGCUUCAGUAUCUGGGAGAUAAACAGCAUAACUGCACCAUCAGACUGAGUCAUGUGACACAUAAAGAUGAACACGAGUACUGUUUCAGAUUCAUCACGGAUAAAACUGUGAAAUGGCUUGGUCAUCCAGGAGUGACUCUUACUGUCACAGAUCUUCAGGUGGAGUCUCCUGAGAGAGUGACAGAGGGAGAUUCAGUCCGUCUGACAUGUAAAAGCAGCUGCGCUCUGACUGACGGAGCAACAUUCAUCUGGUACAGAAACUCACAGCCAUUAACUGAGAGAAGAGACAGAAACAAUCAACUCCUGCUGCAGUCAGUCAGAAGAGAGGAUGCAGGCAGAUAUAGCUGUGCUCUACAUGGACACACUUACAUCUCUCCUGCUGUUUAUCUCAGUGUCACGUACCCUCCAAAGAAAACUUCUGUAAUAGUAAAUCCAUCUGGUGAAAUAGUGGAGGGAGAUUCAGUGACUCUGAACUGCAGCAGUGAUUCAAACCCACCUGCAGAAAUCAGCUGGUUUAAAGGAGGAACAACUGUAGGAUCUGGAAGAAUCUACAGCAUCUCAAACAUCAGCUCUGAUCACAGUGGAGAAUACAAGUGCAAGUCCAGAUAUGAAGAUAUAGAUAAAUACUCUGAUGCUGUGACUUUAAACGUCAUGUAUCCUCCAAAGAGUGUCUCAGUGUCUAUAAAUGGAUCUGCUGAAAUAGUGGAGGGAGAUUCAGUGACUCUGAGCUGCAGCAGUGAUUCAAACCCACCUGCAGAAAUCAGCUGGUUUAAAGGAGGAACAACUGUAGGAUCUGGAAGAAUCUACAGCAUCUCAAACAUCAGCUCUGAUCGCAGUGGAGAAUACAAGUGCAAGUCUAUUAAUGAACAUGGACAGAAAUACUCUGCUGCUGUGACUUUAAAUGUCAUGUAUCCUCCAAAGAGUGUCUCAGUGUCUAUAAAUGGAUCUGGUGAAAUAGUGGAGGGAGAUUCAGUGACUCUGAUCUGCAGCAGUGAUUCAAACCCACCUGCUCUGAACUUCAGCUGGUUUAAGGAGAAUCAAAGCUCAGCUGUUGGAUCUGGACAGAGUUUCAGUGCUCUACAGAGUGGACGCUUCUACUGUGAGGCUCACAAUCAACAUGGAUCUCAGAGAUCAGACGCUGUUACUGUCACUGUACAUGGAAGGAAGUUCCUGUAUGCAGUUGCUGGAGUCACUGGUGGAUUGGGAGGUUUAAUCUUCAUUUUCAUCAUUGUGUUGCUCAUGAGGAAAAAACAGAGACCUAAUCACAUCGCACAAAAGCAGGAUGAUCUUUAUGUCAACGUAUCAGCUCACGAUGGGUCUCUGUCUGAAUCUGAUGCCGUGAAUAAAAACGAUGCGCUGUAUUCCUUAAUUACUCUCAACAAUUUCAGUCACAAUCAGACUGAAGGAAAAGCAUCUGAUUCUGAAGAAACAGAAGAGAUCCAGUAUGUAACUGUCCUGCAUCACAGAAACAAAGAGAUGAACCAACCGGAAGAGACGGAAAGCCAGUACGACAACAUUAGAAAAUACCAGACUGAUGCUACCAGGAGAUCUUCUGAUCAGAUGGUGGAGGAUCAAUCAGUGAUUUACAGCACAGUCAAAUAAUCAACAGAUCAGUUUGGUGAAAUUACUGUUCCUGGGAAAACUGAUCUCCAUGUUGACAUCGCCCUCGUGUGGUGGGACUGUGGC